AUGACUUUUAAUAAAAAAAUUAUCUCAGCAGUUCUAGCUUUGCAAAUAAUUUUUUGCUUUGCUUCUUGCAAGGAUCUUAUAAGCUUGGACUUGAAGUUAGGUGAGUAUUAGCAAUUAUAUAUAACUACUAAAUAUGGAUAAUGUGAAAUAAAUGUAAUUCCCAAUUUGGGUUACUGCUCAAACUCUCUGUAAAUUUCACCAAUCAAAGCUUUAGAGUGUGGAGCUAAACUUAUUGGAGAAAAUUUGUUUGUGGGUGGAAGUUAAUACUCAGCUAAAUUUUAGCUUGGAUAAGUUGAAACAAAUUUAAGUUUUACUAUUCCCAAUACUGACUCAGCAUUUUUUGGGGAAGAAAAUCUUUGUUUUGGUGAAUUUGUAAUCAGCAUUUAAGAUAAUAUAAUUGUUGAACUCUUUUCUUAAAGAGUCAUAUAAGAUCAAAAGUUUUAUGUUAACAUAAAGGACAUAAAAUCUUUAGACAAAGUGGUCGGUAGUAUCGAAUUAGGUGCUCCAAACAAAUCUUUGAUUAAAAAAGGAUCAAACUUUGUUUCUUUAUUAUCUAAUUAAGGUGAGUACAGCACAGAUUAUUAUUUGUACUCAAACAGAAAUUUAAGUUAUGGAAACCUAUAAUUAUUUGGUGGCACUUCAGCACUUGUAAGCUUAGGUAACCCCUUUUUAUGUAUAUCUAAUUUUGGAUUCGAGUCUCUCUUGUAAGCAUUUAGCGUACAAGGUAUCAAGUACACUUAUUUGCCUGACGAAAACUAUUAAGUUGUAUUGGAAUCUAUUGAUAAACUCUAAAACAUCUCAAUAGAUUUAGUUAAAGAAGAUAAUUCUAUUUUUACUUUAACUGUGAAACCUGAACAUUAUACAAGACAAUUAGAAAACGGAUAAUACGAAUUACUCAUUUAGCCAACCUUUUAUACCAAUGUUAUUGCUCUUGGAUAUACAAUUCUUUAACCUUACUAUUUAGGAUUUGAUGUAAUUGCUAAAACAGUUUUAAUCGCAGAAAAGGCUGAAGAUAAUGUUGUUUCAUAUUGA